AUGUGGGAACUGCACUACCGAGGGGUCCGCACUCGCUUCGUCCGCAAUUGGACGUCUCACAAUGCUCCAGGAUACCCAACCCCAACCGAACGGAUCACUGAGGUCCCGAAGCUGAGGGAGCACAUCCGCAGGUUUUACACCGAGCAGAAGAGGAACAAGCUGCUGAACUACACGACAGAGGCUAUGGUCAUUUUCUCACUGAUCUGGACUCUCCCGUCCAACAACAUGCUCAGUCAGUCUCAGCUUGCGAAAAAAAAUUACUUGAAGGAUUUCAUUACACAGAAGAUCGCUGACUUGGAGAAUGACAUCCAGAAAUGCUUUGCACCAAUCGAACAGCCACUCAGGGAAGGCGUAGACGAAGCAAAGAAGUCAUACAAUAAAACUAUCUCCAGUCUCCUCAAGCGCAGCCACGGGCACCAGGGCUACCACCGCACCCUGAAGGCCGUGUGCCUGAAGAAGGGGGCCUACGCCUCCCGCACCUUCCUCAGGAUCGACAUCAACGACGCCCUGGCGCAGCCCAUCUACAGGAAAAUCGACCCCAGCUUCGGGGAGGUGUUCAGGAUCCAGAUGAGCACCCGUUCCACACUGAAAAUCUGCCUGGACGCCUUCAAAAACGCCGUGCAGCAGAAACUGCAGGAAGUUGGGAUGCAACUGGUGGCUGACAGCAACCAGCUCCAUUUCCUCAAGCAGGAGACAGACUUCAUCGUCGCUGAGGCUGAAAAAUUCAUCCUGCAGAGGAAAGCAGAAAUCUACCAGUCCCUUGCAGCGUCCAUUCAAAACGACCUGCUGCUCUGCUAUGAAGAGGCAGCCACGGUAAGAGGAGCACAAGCCUUCCAGCGGAUGAAAACCAUCCUUAGCACUGGGGUGACGAGAGAGGUGGAGAGAGGAAUGUUUGAAAGAGCUGAGGAGAGCAUGAAAGGGCACCUCCAGGACAUGCAGAAGCAGAUCCCCAGGAAGCUGGAGGAGGACUUUUCCAGCGCUCUCGGCUUGGUCUUUUGCCCGUGGGACCAGCUGGACGGCAAGCUGCCAGACUUGCAGAGAGAAUUUUUCACCAUCAUCAACAUUCACAAGGCCCUGCAAUCAGCCAAAGUCGCUUAGAGAGCCGCGGGAAUUGUCUCCGACGAUGUGGUUUUAUUAUUCACGUUGGUGCCUUGUUCUUGUAAUAAAUGGCUCAGUCCCAAAUAGGGUUUCAAUCAAAGUUUACA